GCUCAGUGGAGAUGGAGACCAGCUGGAGACAGCAGAACCAGAACCAGAACCAGAACCAUGUGGGUAUGUAGCAGAGGCUCAGUGGAGAUGGAGACCAGCUGGAGACAGCAGAACCAGAACCAGAACCAGAACCAUGUGGGUAUGUAGCAGAGGCUCAGUGGAGAUGGAUGGAUGCUGGAGACAGCAGAACCAGAACCAGAACCAUGCUCUCAGACCUGCAGGCUCUGGAUCAGGAACCCCAGAACGCUCCGUUUUAUGUGUCCUGAGGGUUUUUAUAAUUAAAGCGUUUUAAUGAAGUCACAGGUGAGAGCAGCUGAUCCAUGGUAACCAUAGUAACACCUCCACCUGUUCUACAGCCUCCCUUAAUACCCACAUAAUGAUCAUAAGAGUCUUGUGUAAACAUUUUACAGCCCAGCCUGCAUCUCUGUAGGUUCUAGUUGUUACUGUUAUUGUAACCCAAUGAAAAGUUCCCUUUAAUUAUCUCAGCACGCGUUUAGCUGCUUCACUGUUAUUUCCUCUGUUUGCAUAAAUACUGUGACAGUUUGCUGACGGCCCAACAUCAGUCAGGUCUGGUACAAUCAUUAUUCAGAUUGUACCAGACCUGUUUAACUCUGAAUGUUUAACUCUGAACGCUUAACUCUUUGUAACGAACUAGUCCGUGCUUUAGCACUUUUCCAGUGUCAGGAUAACAACCCAGACAUGAUGAGCUGUUUCUGUCAGAACCAAGUCAUUUCAACUACACACACUUCUUUCACAAAUCCAAUAAAUUUGUGAAAGAAGAAAAUUAUUAAAUAAAACAGAUGUCUCCAAAAAAAAAAACUAAGAGCAACGAUCGACAGGAAUGUUUUAAAGCAGAACAUAUUUUAAAGUUUAUUUCUUUUAUCCAGCCGUGAAUCCUUUGAUGAUUCGCUGAAGAGAACGAUCCAAACCUCACGUUCAGAACAAGUUCUGCAGCUGUGGCUGACUGACAUGAGGAGGUUCUGUUGGGUCCAGCAGCAGUGAGGCGUUGUGACCACCAGGGGGCGCCGCGGAGCUACAGCUGCCCGGGAGACAGCUCCUGUGUGUGUGUGUGUGUGUGUGUGUGUGUGUGUGUGUGUGUGUGUGUGUGUGUGUGUGUGUGUGUGUGUGUGUGUGUGUGUGUGUGUGUGUGUGUGUGUGUGUGUGUGUGUGUGUGGUUAAAUGUUUCCUCCUCCAGGCUUGCUGUGGUCCUGUUUGCUGCUGCAGGUCCAGGAUGGUUCUGAUGCUGGCCGGGUCCACCUGGGACCAGGACUGGGAGCAGCCCUGCUUCUUCCUGGAUGAGGAAGAGGACUUCUACCCUCCUCCUCCUCACCGCCAGCUGCUGCCGGGUCCAGGCGAGGACAUCUGGAAGAAGUUCCAGCUGCUGCCGACUCCCCCCGCCUCCCCCAGCUGGGCGCCUCCUCCCCCCGCCUCCCCCAGCCGGGCGCCUCCUCCCCCCUCCUCCCCCAGCCGGGCGCCUCCUCCCCCGGACCCCCCUCUCCUCCAGGAGGACCAGAACCCGCUCCUCCUGCGGUCCUUCGUCAUCCAGGACUGCAUGUGGAGCAGCAGCUUCGCCGACGCCACCAAGCUGGAGCGGGCCGUGUCCCAGCGGCUGGCCCAGCUGCGGGCCCGCCGGGACCCGUCCGGUACCGGCGCCGACCCGGACCCGCAGCUGGGCCGGGUCAACGCAGAGUACCUGCAGGACCUCCAGGCGGCGGCGGCGGCGUGCGUCGACCCCUCUGAGGUGUUCCGGGUCGGCCCAGCGAGCGAGGAGCCGACGUGGGCCGAGGGAACCGGGUCAGAACCGAGCCUGGAGACGCCGCCGCUGAGCAGCGAGUCCGGUGAGUCCUGGUCCUGCUGCGUCCUGGGUCCUCUGAGAGGAGAGCUGGACUCAGCGUCUGUGUCUCCGUCCUCAGAGGAGGAAGAGGAGGAAGAGGAGGAAGAGGAGGUGGACGUGGUGACGGUGACCCGGACGCCCCGCCGCUCCGGCGCCGAGCCUCUGGUUCUGAAGCGCUCCCAUGUCGACGUGGAGCAGCACAACUACGCCGCCCCGCGGCCUGCUGGGAAGCGGGCCAAGAUGGCGGCGGCGGUUCCGGUUCUGGGCCGGCGGUGCCGGAGCCCGCGGUCGGACGGCGAGGACGUGGACCGGCGGCGGAGCCACAACGUUCUGGAGCGGCAGCGGCGCCGCGAGCUCAGCACCGGCUUCCGGGCUCUGAGGGAGCAGGUUCCGGCGCUGGCCCAAAACGCCAAGGCGCCAAAGGUUCUGAUCCUGAAACGGGCCGCCGAGCUGGUCCGGGAGGUCCGACUGGAGGAGCGCCGGCUGCUGAGGGAGAAGGACGAGCUGACAGAGCAGAGCCGAGAGCUGAGGCGCCGACUGGACCGGCUCCGGACUUUACGGCACCGGUUCUGAUGUUCCUGUAGAGAGCCGAGGUGUCGGUUCUGAUAUAACCGGGUCACACUGACCAGAACCUAGUAACAGAUCAUAUCUGAUGGACUCCGGUACUUAUUUAUUCACCCUGUAGCUUUAACUUAUGGCACCAGCAGAACUGUCCGGUUCUGCUCACAGAAGAACCGACCCGCUUUAAUUGUGUCUUUUUGUUCUGAAAUGAUUUUAUUUUUCUAUUUUCCACCAGAGGAACCAAACAUGUCAGAAAUAAAAGCUUUCCUUUAUUUGGACCAGA